AUGGAUCCCAAUCCAUUCCCUCCACCCGCAAGAGGAAGGAGAGGCAGAAGGGGAAACUACCCUUUUGCUAACAAUGACAGGAACAGGCAGGGGGCAAAUUGGAGGAACCACCCAGAUUUGGAAGAACAUAGGGAAGAAGUUCUGCCUAGGCCAUAUAGGGCGGAACCCAGGAUUGACUACGCCCAACCAAAACAGGGGCAAAAUCUCCUCCCCAUUAAUGCUUUAAAUGACGUGGGGGCAUUGCAAAGGAUGAUUAGAGAAAUGAGGGAGCAUGAAGCCAGAAUAGGAGAAAGGCCCACCUAUAAAAAGCCAUACCUAGCUUACAUUGAUUAG